AUGGAGACGGAAGCGCUGGAUGUGCGGUAUUGUGAGUGUCUACAUGAGGCGGCCGAACCGGGGCCCUCGAGGACAGCAAAUAUAAUUAUGAUAAUUGGAAUUCUACCGGUCAUGUCGAUCAUUGGCGUCUUUUUUAACAUUAUCAAUGUGCUCGUCUUUCGAACGCAAAAGAAUGUUGCGGCCAGAUACCUAACGGCAUUAAGCUGCAGCGAUACAGGGGUCUGUCUGGCUGGGGUGCUUGUAAUUUGUGCCGACUCUCUCAGGGCCUACAACUUCUACGUCGACCAGCUGUUUGUGUUUUUGCUCCCAAAGUUGAUCCCGAUCGGGUUAUUUUUCCAAAUGUUAUCCGUGUAUAUCACUGUUUUGGCAGCGAUGGAUUGUUAUUACUCCGUCUACGCCGGACCCUGCGCCGACAAAAUCCGGGGAGUUUGGGCCCCUCGGCUGUUAUAUGGAUGUGUCCUUGGGAUCGCUUUGUACAACGGAAUUCAGUUCUAUGAUCUCGAAGCGAUCGAAUGCGUCCACCCCGUACAUAACAGUUCUAUGUACGAGCUGUGUCCGACAGAAUUAAGGACUUCUGAGGAAUAUAUUACGAUUUAUAAAGGCUACAUGUAUGCGGCUACGAUGGCUUUUUUGCCAUUCCUCCUACUCACCAUUCUGACGCUCGGCAUCCUUUCGAUGCUAAAGAAAAAGUCAACAAACCAGAUUCUUGCGCCCGGCUACGUCCGUGCCGAAGAAGAAGGCUCACCCACCGUCCUCCUCCUCGUUAUCAUGCUAUUCCUAAUGUGCAAUGUCACCUCAUUACUGGUGAACAUCUUCGACAUGUUGGCAAUUGAUCUCGGCGAAUUCAUCCAGAAUCUGAUGAUUGACGUUGGGAAUUUAUUGGUGGUCUUCAAUGCGACAGCCAAUUUUAUUGUCUAUUAUCUAUCGUCGUCUGAAUAUCGGGAGACGGCUGAUGGGAUGUUCGAGUCGGUUUUUCGGAAAGCUCCUCCCAAAAAGCAUCCAAUGGAUUAUGCGACAAUGCCGGCAGAGACUCAAUAUUUGGGCAGCAUA